CGGUCGGAAAAGAGGAGGGGGCAGAGUACGUGCACAAUUAGGCAGGCCUCCUCUGGGGGAGAGAGGGGGCUGUCACAUGCCAUGGCAGGCACGCCUAUCUCCAUUGAUGAAAUGUACAUGGCGAGUUUUCCCCUCUGCUGCCUAGUGCAUCUACAGACUGUACACAGAAGGGCACUUGGUGCCAGGGAGCUGCUUCACUAAUCGGUGCCUCGGAACUUUCCCUUCUCACCACCCCAUCGGUGCAGGGAGGGGAGCACCCCCUUAACCCCCACUGUAUAGGAAUUUGUUUGCAUACCUCCUACUUGGAAGCUGAUAUUAAUGUCUGUUCUUUGAUUUCACUUCCACUUGGACCCAAAUAGAAGUGUCCAUAGUCUAUAGUAGCUCAGUUUGGGUGACUACAAACCAGCAUCCGAAGAGUUAAAAAAAAUAAAUUAAAAAAAUGUCUUCUUAUGCAAAAGAUUUAAGCAAAGCAAUGUCUGGAGGAGGGAUGUCGCAGUUUCAAGAAGCCAUCAGACAAGAGCUUGAAGAGGCCAUGAAGUUAGACCUGGAGAAAAUAUUGUCUACGGCGCCUGAGUCUGAAUUAGAGCACACUAAGAAAGACCUGGAAGGCUUCCAGAAGUUGUUCCGCAGAUUCUUGCAAGAGAAAGGUCCUUCUGUAGAUUGGGGAAAGAUCCAGAGACCACCAGAGGAUUCUAUUCAGCCCUAUGAGAAGAUGAAAGCGAGAGGUCUUCCAGAUAACAUCACAUCUGUCCUGAAUAAGCUGGUUGUAGUCAAACUUAAUGGCGGAUUGGGAACCAGCAUGGGCUGUAAAGGCCCCAAAAGCCUGAUAGGAGUCCGAAAUGAGAAUACCUUCCUUGAUCUCACUGUGAAACAAAUAGAGCACUUGAACACAACGUACAACACAGACGUCCCCCUCGUUCUGAUGAAUUCCUUUAACACUGAUGAAGACACCAAGAAAAUCCUUCAAAAGUACAGCCAUUGCCGACUGAAGAUUUACACUUUCAAUCAAAGCAGGUACCCAAGAGUCAAUAAAGAGUCUUUACUACCUAUAGCCAAGGACUUGUCCUAUUCAGUGGAAAACGCUGAAGCCUGGUACCCUCCUGGUCACGGUGAUAUCUAUGCCAGUUUUUACAAUUCAGGACUUUUGGACACCCUCAUAGGUGAAGGGAAAGAAUAUAUCUUUGUUUCAAAUAUUGACAAUCUUGGAGCCACCGUGGACCUCUAUAUCCUGAACCACCUGAUGAACCCACCAAAUGGAAAGCGAUGCGAAUUUGUCAUGGAAGUCACAGACAAAACAAGGGCCGAUGUGAAGGGAGGUACGCUGACGCAGUACGAAGGAAAGUUGCGACUGGUAGAAAUUGCGCAAGUGCCCAAACCACAUGUGGAUGAGUUUAAGUCUGUAUCUAAAUUUAAGAUCUUCAAUACAAACAAUUUGUGGAUAUCUUUGUCGGCAGUCAAGCGGUUACAGGAAGCCAAUUCUAUUGAUAUGGAAAUCAUAGUUAAUCCCAAGACCUUGGAUGGAGGCUUAAAUGUCGUCCAGCUGGAGACGGCUGUGGGUGCCGCUAUUAAAAGUUUUGAGAAUUCGCUGGGCAUCAAUGUUCCCCGAAGCCGUUUCCUGCCUGUAAAAACCACAUCAGAUCUGCUGCUCGUUAUGUCCAACCUGUACAGUCUUAAUGCAGGAUCGCUGACCAUGAGUGAGAAGAGGGAAUUUCCCACAGUGCCGCUGGUCAAGCUGGGGAGCUCAUUCACUAAGGUGCAAGAUUACUUGAAGAGGUUUGAGAGCAUACCAGAUAUGCUGGAGCUGGAUCAUCUCACGGUGUCAGGAGACGUGACCUUUGGGAAAAAUGUUGUGCUGAAGGGUACAGUAAUCAUCAUUGCAAAUCAUGGGGACCGAAUCGAUAUCCCCCCCGGUGCAGUAUUAGAAAACAAAAUAGUGUCUGGAAACCUUCGGAUCUUGGAUCACUGAGAUCUCCUCUGCACAUAUUUUUAUGAAUGAUGUACAGUGCAUAGAAAGAUUUCCAGUCCAGUUGGUCGGUGGCCAUCUGAUCGGACUGCUGUCGCCGGUUCACACUUUUGUCAGUAUUGUAUUGUAGUCUGUGUGUUAUAUAGUAUUUACAUGGAAAAAAGAGGCCCACGCUAUAUUAGCAAGCAAUAAAUAUUAUAUUUAGUAAUCUAACAAGAAGAGAGAAUCCCUGGGAAUGGUGAAGUGUAUUUAAAGUGCAAUACUGUCCUGACGUGAAGAAAAAUAAAAGGAAAAAUGAA